UUUUUUUUUUUAAAACUUCUUUUCCGGAAAAAUCUAGUAUACUUGAUAAUCGACCCUCGCGUCCUUCCUCUUUACUUUAGUCUCAAACGGUGAUUUUGCCUCUUUCUCUUCCCGUAUCUCUCCCUGUUUUCAAUUCAAUCAUCCAUUUAUUUUCAAUUCUUCGAAAUCUGUAAUUCAUUGUCUUCGUUUUGAGCCUUAAAUUUCUCUGAUCUCUCGUUCUCACAACACCGCGCUUUGGUUUCUCUUUCUAGGGUUUUGAGUUUGUACUCGUGAAGAAUCAUUAAAUUUCUACUUAAUUGUAGGGUUUUUUGAGUUCGCUGUACGGUAAAGGGAUUUUUCGUCUGGUUUCAAGCUGAGUUCCUGCAAUUGGUUUCCUCAAGGAACAUAAUUUUGAUGGCUUGCUUGUGGUCCUAAUAAAUGCUUAUAGGCACCUUGACAUAUGCUUUGUGGUGAGCCUUGAAUUGUCUGCAUGGAUCUGAAUGCCUUGCCUCAUCCAGAGGAUGACGAAGAGAUUUUUGGACAACAAUUAGAAGAUGAACCAGAAGAAUUCAUUGUGAAACAUAGCCAUGAGCAUGCAGAUUAUGUUGCGAGUGCUGUGGAGAUUUCACGCCGGGAGCGGGAGGAAAGGAUUCAAAGACUUAAAAGACACCGUCCAGAUGAUAGACCAACAUAUCCAUCUCAGCCACGAAUGCACGAUGAGAUAUAUCUGACAAAGACACAGAAGCCUAACAGCAGACUUCCUCCAGGUUGGUUGGAUUGUCCUGCAUCUGGGCGGGAGAUAGGUCGCAUUAUUCCUUCAAAGGUUCCUCUCGAUGAAACUUUCAACGACUGUGUUCUUCCUGGCAAAAGAUACUCGUUGAGGCAAGUCCUCCACCAACAGAAAGUUUUGGGAAGAAAGCUUGGUAUGGUGAUUGAUCUCACAAAUACAACUCGAUACUAUUCAUCGUCAGAAUGGAGGAAAGAAGGCAUCAAGCAUGUAAAGAUUCCAUGCAAAGGCCGUGAUGCUGUACCUGACAACGAGUCUUGCCAUUUAUUUGUCUAUGAGGUUUCACAAUUUCUUGUCCGUCAGAAAGAUGUGAAGAAGUAUAUUCUUGUUCAUUGCACACAUGGGUUUAAUCGUACCGGGUUCAUGAUCAUUCAUUUUCUUAUGCGUACGCUGCCGAUAUCUGUGACUCAGGCAAUCAAAAUUUUUGCUGAUUCUCGCCCUCCUGGGAUCUAUAAGCCAGACUAUAUUGAUGCUUUAUAUGCCUUUUAUCAUGAGGAAAAACCUGAAAUGGUUGUUUGCCCUGUAACACCUGAGUGGAAAAGGUCUUCUGAUCUUGAUUUGAAUGGCGAUGCUAUGCCGGAUAUCGAUGAUGAUGGAGGUCCUGCGAUUUCGUUGCCUGAUAAUCGCGAAACACAAAUAUCAUUGUCAAAUGACGACAUCCUGGGUGAUGCAGUCCCACAAGAUCAGCAAGGUGAUUUGCGACAGUUCUGUUAUCAAGCACUGAAAAUGACCCCAAGGGGCAGAGGCACACAUUUUCCUGGCUCACAUCCAGUCUCUCUUAACAGGGACAACUUGCAAUUAUUAAGGCAGCGCUACUACUAUGCCACAUGGAAGGCUGAUGGGACACGGUAUAUGAUGCUGAUCACGAUGGGUGGUUGUUUCUUAAUUGAUAGACAUUUCAACUUUCGAAGGGUUCAGAUGAGAUUUCCGUGCACACACACUGAUGAAGGUGUAGCCAAAAGGGUCCACCACUUCACUUUACUUGAUGGGGAGAUGGUAAUUGAUACUUUGCCUGGCACACAGAAGCAAGAAAGGAGAUACCUAAUUUAUGAUAUGAUGGCUCUCAACGGUGUGUCUAUCGUAGAGCAACCCUUUUGUGAACGCUGGAGAAUGAUUGACAAAGAAGUGAUCGGGCCAAGGAAUCAUGAACGCCAACAUAUAUGCCAGAGUGGAAACCCUUACUAUAGAUAUGAGUGUGAGCCUUUCAGGAUGAGGAGGAAGAAUUUUUGGCUGCUCUCUACUGUCAGAAAAGUUCUCAAAGAACUUAUUCCAGAGCUUUCACAUGAAGCAGAUGGUCUUAUUUUUCAGGGUUGGCUAGAUCCUUAUGUUCCUCUCACGCAUGAUGGUCUGUUGAAGUGGAAAUACCCCGAGAUGAACUCGGUUGACUUCCUGUUUGAGGUGGUCGACGGUCGUGAAUUGCUUUAUCUACAUGAACGAGGGAAGAAGAAACUGAUGGAAGGGAAUAGAGUUGUUUUCCCAGAUAGUUCUGACCCGUCAGACUACUCGGGUAAAAUAAUAGAGUGUUCUUGGGAUUCCAAUAACCAAGAAUGGGUGUGGAUGAGGACCAGAAUUGAUAAAGGAACUCCAAAUGAUUACAACACGUACAGGAAGGUUUUGAGAAGUAUUACUGACAACAUCACUGAAGAAGUGUUGUUGAAUGAGAUCUAUGAGAUCAUUCGACUGCCAAUUUAUGUGGAAGGGAUACAGAAUGACAGCAAAGCUCACCAUCACUCUAGCUCAGUACGACGCAGAUAAAUGAAUUUGAUUAAGUAGAUGGCAUUAUUAUUGGAGGAAGCUAGUGAUCGGAUUAACUACUCAUUGGAAUCGCCACUUGCCUUCUGAACCUUGCCGUGUUCAUGUUUCUCAACAAAAGGGUCUUUAUGAGCAUCCUUCGUCCGUAGGCGUGUAUCAUGUGCUAACUGGUUAUAUUGUUUGAUCCAGUUGGGACACUGUAAACUUAGCUAGUUGACUCGGGUCUCUGAGUCUUUAGUUCUUCCUCAUUAUAGUUUGACAUAUCGAGGGAAUUAGCAACAAGGUCGUAUGUAUAUUAGUUUAGGUUAUUCUCCUCUCUUUUUCUGUCACUGUUUAGUUGUCUAAGGUAGGCUCUCUCUAGUAUUAGCGAAACUUCAAGCUUUAUGUUAUUCCCUUGUGAAUAUGAGUCUGUUGUACAAGUAAUUUUUAAUUAUCAUUUGCUCUUUUUCUUAAUUAUUU